AUGAAGCUCGUCAGGUUCUUGAUGAAAUGCACGAACGAGUCGGUCACGAUUGAGCUGAAGACUGGCACCAUCGUCCAAGGCACCAUCGCCUCGGUCUCUCCCCAAAUGAACACCUCACUACGCACUGCAAAGAUGACGCCAAAGGGAGGCUCGCAGAUCGCGCUCGACCAUAUCAACAUCCGCGGCUCGGAGAUUCGAUACUUCAUCCUCCCCGACUCGCUUCCGCUCGACACACUUCUCAUCGACGACGCACCGAAGCCGAAGAACAAGGCGAGGAAGGAGACAGAUCGUGGAGGCAGAGGUGGUCCGGGCGGCCCAGGAGGUCGCGGUGGGAUGAGAGGAGGCGGGCGCGGAGGGCCCAGAGGUCGUGGCAGAGGAAGGGGAGGCGGUCGCGGGUUCUAA